UCCUGCCUCUCGGUUCUGCCUGCCCACACCGGCUUCUCCUCCUUUCUCCUCCCAAGGCCACUUGGGUUCACGGUCUGAGUUUGCAACAGGCGGGACGUUUCACCUCUCCCCGGGAUGCUGCUGUUUCAGGAUGUGCAUCUCCCAAGUAUGAUUUGUUGCGCAUGAGAAAGACACCCACAUCGCCUGGAGCGAUAGACGAGAGAAACCAAGCAGGAGAGAGAGAAAGAGAACAGUCCACUCCAGACAGAAGAGAGGAAAGGCACAGUUAAUUCAACCCUAGUUUAAGUCUCAGCCUUCUCCUGAUGUCUUGGCGACCGUCUCCCUUUACAUUGAUGGACCAACCGAGUUCUCCUUGCCGUGAGAUUGAUGAUUCCCACCGGGAGCUCUAGAGGAGAACCAGAAUUUCAGGAAACGUCAGCCGGCCACCUGCGAUCAAGUCAUCAUAAUGGCUCCUAACGUUAUCAGGUAGGAUGGCCAAGGACGUUAAGAAUGUCUCGGUGCCUCACCGUGGCCACGGCUUUGCUGACGCUAGUAGCCCUCAAGGCCUACAUCGAGUGGACCACCGAAGAGGAUGAGCGGUUUCCGAGCCCUCGUUGGGCAGCUUGGCCGAGCAGCUCUGUCACGCCGGUCCAGCCGUCGACCAACGCGUUGCCUCCGUUUGUCCUGCAAAACUUCAACGCCUCCGUCCAGCAGCUGCGCCAGAGCAUCCCGAGAGCAAAAGCGUACUGGAACGACAAACAGCACAGGCUCUUCCAAGCUCUGGAGCAAGGAGUGGAGCAUAACACCUCGUGGAAUCAAUGCUCAGGGCCCGGGUCGGAGGAGAGGGUGUCCAGAAUCCAAGACUUUGAUUCAUACUCUGAACUUUACAAGAAUUUCGUCCUCUACGACAGCUGCCGGAACUUCCCGCUCUUGAUCAACCAGCCCGGCAAAUGUUCCGGUGGUACGAACCACACUUUCCUUCUGCUGGCCAUCAAAUCUCUGCCCGGCAACUUUGCUGCCCGCCAGAGCGUGCGCGACACGUGGGGACGUGAAGGCGCGCCCGGCGGGCUGGCCAUACGCACCGUCUUCUUGCUCGGCACAGGCCUGGGCCGCUACGGGCCUCGCCUCCAGCGCCUGGUGGAGUACGAGAGUCGGAUGUCGAGGGACAUCUUGAUGUGGGAUUUUGAAGACACCUUCUUCAAUCUGACGCUGAAAGACUACCUCUUCCUCAGCUGGGCGCUGGAACACUGUCCGGAUGUCCAAUAUAUCCUCAAAGGGGAUGAUGAUGUCUUUAUUAACACCCCCAAGGUCUUGGAUUACCUGCGCUCCUUGGAGGCCCACAAGCCGCUCUAUACGGGCCAAGUGAUGGCCAACGCCUCGCCGUUCCGUGUCCGGAAGAGCAAGUACUAUGUGCCGGAAUCGUAUUACGUGGGGCCUUAUCCAGCCUACGCUGGUGGUGGUGGGUAUAUCUUCUCAGGACCGCUCACCCGAUGGCUCCACCACAUCUCCCAGCACGUAGCCUUCUACCCGAUCGAUGACGUCUACACGGGUCUGUGCUUCCAAGCCCUCGGCAUCCAACCGGAGGCUCACCCCGGCUUCCAGACCUUCGAUAUUGCCGAGAAGGAUCGCGAAGAUCCGUGCGUCCACAGUAAACUUCUCCUGGUCCACCGACGCAGCCCCGAGCAGACCCUCCGGCUGUGGAAACAAAUCACAAACCCGGACCUCAAGUGCUGAGGUGGACGCUCGGGACGACCGGACUUCUGAGGCUUUCCGAAGCAACCCCCAUUGGAGGGUGGGGGGGGAAACGGGGCAGAUGGAGCUGUAGUCCACAUUUUGGAUUCGUCCUAACACGGAAAACUCCAGCCUCUGUCUUGUGGGGGGCUGUUUUGACUGCUUGAAAAUUCUGGACAGAGACCGUAUGCCCCAAAUUUGAGGGUGGGGACGGGCCAUUGCUUAUAUAUUCCCUAGCGAAAGGUGGCUGGCCACCGUCAGAAUCAGAUUGCUGGAAUAGCGAGCUUCAUGGCCCAAUUCAGCUGGACUCUUUUUUGGUUUACAGUACUUUCAUUGUUGACCUGUUCUGGAGAGUGAAGGAAUUAUGUGGUACAACAGAGGGGCGACCCUCCUGAAAGCACCAUGCAGGGGAAUAAAGGUUCCACUCUUUUCUCCGUUAGCGGUCUUACAAAAAGAAAAAAUAAAUAUCGCUCCAUGCAGGACCGCAGUAAUUUUGGGAGAGCUUAGUAUCUCCAGAUCAAGCGGACCUCAUUUUGCAAGGCUUGGUCUUCCCGAAAGCACGAGGAGACACUGCUAGCUAAGAGUAGAUCUUACUGGGUGGGAUCGCCUUGGCUGCCUUUUGACAUUCACGUACGGUAAAAUAAAUCUAAGGCCACACAGGGGUGGAACAUCAGAGCAGGAAAGAAAGGCGGCAAGGCCGCUGGCAUCUCAGAGUUAGGGAAUGUUUGUUUUCUAGAGUGCCUCCGACCCUCUCUCAGACCGAAGGGGUUAAGAUAAAGAGAUGGUCAACUGUUAAUCUCUAAGGAAUGCCGUUCUUAAAUCUCUGUCUCAAUUUGAAAUCCUGUCGUCUUAUUUUCGAUCAGGUCACUGCAUUUCAGGAACCUUUGAAACAAAACAAAAAACGCUUUCGAUAAAAAGCUUUGCUUGGAUGGCUCACACGUCUGACCAAUUUAAUCCAGCAUGCUAAAAAGACAAAACGUCACAGUCCAUAUAGCUUGGUCGUUCCUCAUUUUAAGCCAAGAGGGUCACGAUGCCGAUAGCAGACUCGCUCCCAUCUUCUGUAGCCUCAAUCCCAUCUUUGAACUGGCAUUCGGCAAAUAGAAAUGAAUGAAGCCAUUUUUUCCCUCCCCUGCGACAUACAAAGACAGCUUGGCCUGUUUUAAUUUUUGUAAGUCACUCUGCUUUUAAAGGCACUGAAAAAUAGCACUGAUGCUCCCAUCGAUGAUAAUGUUUUCCCCUAGAUAACGUUUCUCCUUUUCCCAAUGAAAAUUUGUUACUUGACGUCCUCUCCUUAAAGGUUUGCCCAGAGUCCUGGUCUUCUUUUGAACCGAGACACUCAGGCAGCUGGUAAACUCAGGAGACAACCCACCGAGGCUGCCAUGAAUGACUCCUUAGUGUUUACAUACGAUCCGGGGGUCCUCCGACUCUAGUUACUGCUUUCCUAUUUCCUCUUCCACAGAUGGCGAAGAAGGAUCCGACAUUUUUGUGUUUACAUAGAAGGUGAAUUCAUUAUUCCAGGCCUGUUAGUACUGCACAGACAUAAUAAAAUGAGCAACAGGUCCUGUGUAUUCUGCCGGCUGUGAGUUGCGUCCACGUUGAUCGGAGCAAGCUGUGUGUAGAAAAUACGAAUAAAGGGGUAGCUGAUAA